GUGAUCUCAUGGCAUUAAAGUGUCUCACUGUGGCUCUCAUUGUCAAGUAUUUUAACAGGAAGAAUAAUCCCACACAGCCAUCAUUUACAGCACUUUCCCCUCUGCCUUUGUUUCCUUUUAUGGAAAUGGCUUCCAAACGCCAAAUGGGCUACAAGUGUCGCAUAGCAGUGGUGCUGCUUCUCCUCUUGGCCAGUAUUGCUGCCCUCGUUGCCGUUGCCGUCAUCCAGGACACCUGGAAGUCUAAAGAGUACACCUUAGAGUAUGGCAUAGUGAUAGACUCGGGCUCAUCUCGUUCCAAUGUGUACCUGUACGAGUGGCCAGGGGAGAAGGAGAAUGAAACAGGAGUGGUGACUGAGAUAAAGAACUGCAGAGUUGCUGGUAAUGGCAUCUCAGAGAUGAAAGUUGACCCACAGAAGGAUGAAGCAUCGUGGAAAGCGUUCCAAGUCUGCAUGGACGAGGUCAUCAAAGCCGUUCCUGCUGAAAAACACAAAACCACACCCCUCUUUCUGGGAGCUACUGCUGGAAUGAGACUGCUACAUGAGAUGAAUGAAAACAGGUCCAAUGAGAUCUUGGCGAGUCUCACAGAAUACCUGAGCUCUCUGCCUUUCAACUUCCAAAACGCUUCCAUCAUUAGUGGUCAAGAAGAAGGGCUGUACGGGUGGGUCACCGUCAACUACCUCAUGGGAAACUUCCUGGAGAAAAACCUGUGGAACGCCUAUACACGCCCAGAAGGUGCAAGGACUGUGGGGUCCAUGGACCUCGGCGGAGCAUCAACGCAAAUCGCUUUUGCAGUCCAGGAUGAUCUCAUGGGGCCUGACUACUUGCAUGUCAAACUGUACGGUUAUCCUUACAAUGUCUACACACACAGUUUCCUCUGCUAUGGCAAAAAUGAGGCUGAGAAGAGGGUUCUGGACAAAGUGAUCCAGGAAUCAUCUGACCCAGACUACAUCAUUAACCCCUGCUACCCCGAGGGUUUCAAUAUCACCAUGAAGGCCUCGUCCAUUUAUGACACAGAGUGCACAAAGAAACCAAAAGGCUACAACCCGGACCAAGAACUCUUCAUGGUGGGAGCCGCCGACUCAGACAAGUGCGGGAGCUUAGUGCAGUCCAUGUUUGAUUUCAAGACAUGUUCGUCACCCCAGUGUUCCUUUGACGGCGUCGAGCAGCCACCCGUCACCGGGGAUUUUAUGGCAUAUGCAGGAUUCUUCUACACUUCGAGGGCGCUGAUAAAUAGACUGAUAAACAGCACGGCAGAUCUCGAUCAAUUCAAAGCCUCAGUUAGGAAAUUCUGCCACACACAUUGGACAACGCUAAGGGAAGAAAAGACAUGGAUCUCUCCCAAGUACCUCAGGACGUACUGUUACGCAGGUCACUAUGUCUUGACUUUGCUGGCAGACGGAUACAAGUUUGACAAAGAGACCUGGAAAAACAUUAACUUCGAAGAAAAGAUAAAGGCAACCAGCAUAGGUUGGAGUUUGGGCUACAUGCUGAGUGUGUCCAACAUGAUCCCGUCCGAAGUGAAAGAAAUCCCCCCCAUGACAAACCCCGUGUUCGCCGGCCUUAUAUUUCUAUUUUCAGCACUAACCAUUAUAACUGUCGUCAUAGCUUUCAUCAUCCUCGUUCGCGCCUGCUUCUGAGAGCGCAAGUUACAAAGGGAAUGAUCUGCCACGGUAAGCCUCGGAGGCUGCUGUAAUCCUGUCAGUAGCACUACAGUAGCAUGUAGCAGGACACUUAAACUGAAAGUUACUAAUGAAAAGGUUUUGGGUUUUUUUUUUCAUCCUGAGCCAGUUACUGCCUUCUGUUUCAAUUAUUAGAGUUUGUAAACACCUCAAAAUGAAAGCUGUGCAUCCCAAAAGUGUCUCUGAGUCUCCGAGCUAGCUUUACAUGAGAGACUGGUUUGAUUAAGACAGUAAAAAACACUAAAAAGAAAACACUGUAGUUGAUUUUGUACCUCAGGGAAACUUACAGAUUUAAAUAAUUUGUUUUUUUAAGUUUACUUUUUAGUUUACAUGCACAUCUGUGCAGUCUUACAAUACUCACAACAUGCUCAGAAUGAACCCUCAGACAAAAGCAAUGAGCUUUUCACUCAUGAUUGUUUUUCCUGUAUUCUACAUGUAAUCACACUGAAUUGAUCUGCUUCACUUACAAAGUGAAAGCACUUUGCUGCAGCUCUCUUGUAGUAUUAGAAGUGUUAUUGCAGCGUUUUUUGCUUGAAGUGUGCAAUGUAGCAUUUUUUCUUUAUGGUUUUUGCAAACUAAAUACAUGUUACAUGAAGCCAUUUUUUAAAGCAUAUUUGCAAACAAUUAAUAGUUUUAAAUGCAAGUUUAUCUUUAUUUUCUGAGUUUCAGACAGCAGCCAACUGGUCACUGAAAAUUAUUUAGUACUACAACAGGUCCAAGUGUGUUGUUUUUUCAUAUUUGUAUACUAACCGUCCCACAUAGUACUUUGUGCCUCGAUUCUGUACUCUGAGAACAGAGUAUUGUCAAAUAAAUAUUAUGUAAUUGGUUGAAUUGGAGAUGAAGGUCUAAAAAUAAACAACAUCUUUAGAAGUAAAUGUGGUGUUGAGGAUAAAUCCUGUCAACACUGACAAUUCACACAGCUCCAGUUUUCAGGACAGGUUACACUUGGUGUUAUUUAUAUGUUGUGAAAGAUGUCUGAUUGUCUCCACGUGCAGCCUUUGAUGAGAGAUGUAUUUCCAUCAGCAGAGACUAGUUUACAGAUGUCCAUGUUCAUUCUUUUAAGGGGGCAGAGAGGGAACAAUGAAUCUGACUGACUGUCUGAGCUGUGUAUGCAACACUUGAUUAGCACAUUCAGAACAUGUAAUUGGUCGGUGACUGGCAGGUUUUACAAGAUUAGACUUUCUCCACUGUCCUUGUUAUCAUUAAAUGAGUUUACUUGAGGUAAAGGCAUUACAGAACUCUACAGAUCUACAGUGAAAGAGUGAUUUCUUCGCAGAGAUAUCCAGCGUCAUUUCUGAUUUAUUUCUGGAAUAACAAUGUGUGUGUGUGUGGUUUUUUGUUUUUUUUUUACAUUCUGUAAACAUGGUAAUUUACUUGUUAGCUUUUUCCAUAAUACUGUUGUCUUUGUGCUGGAGUUGAAGUAUGUGGAUUAUGCAUGAUUCUCAUGUGAUGCACUGACUGCCCUGGUCCUGUUUUGAUAAUAAUUCUCUCUCUAUUCAGUAAAUAAUAAACUUACCUACUAACUGUA